AUGCGCCGGCAUCAUCGCACGGCGUGGAAUGCCGCGCCCGCGCUGUCCGCCUGCUCCAGCUGUCGUCCGAGCGAUCGAGUGACUCCGCGUCGCAUCGCCUACGUUCGAGCUAGAGUGAAUGAAGCACAUGUGUUCGUGUUGUCCUCGCUCUCAAUCAUCUGCGGGCCGGCCUUGGUGAUCACCGCGCGGCUGCAUUCCCACCUCAUGGUGCAGGCCGCGAACGCCGAGGAAAAGACCGCAAUUGCGUCGGCAGCGCUAUCUGAGCGCGAUGGAAACGUGAGGGCGUCGGCGGGGGACUCGUUUCCGCCCCUCCCUGCCGCGAAGGUGGAGGAAUCAGGGAGGAAGGUGCACAGCCUGGCCUCCUCCCCGCACCGCAGCGCGGCCUGCGUGGGGAACGUCUCCGCCAGCCAGCCCCAUUUCGAGCGUCCCACGGAGCUGUCGAAGUCCCUCAACGCGGAUGAGUUCCACGACGCGGUGGAGGAGAUGGGCAGCGCCGCAGCUACCCCUCGCGCACCACCACCGCCGCACACCAGUGCCGCCGAGGGCGCUGCCUCCGACCACGGGCAGGCCGCAGCCGGCCGGUCGUUCGACGCGAAGAUCGAGGGCCAGUUCGUGGACCAGCAGAAGCGUCUGGCGCAGCUGUCGGCGCUGUGCCGGCAGCAGCAGGAGACGAUCAAGCGGAUGCGGGCCCACGAGGCGCGGCAGCAGACCGACAUGGCCACGCGCAUGAAGGCGAAGGAGGCCGAGUGCCGCCAGGCGCAGCAGGAGUGCGCGACGGCCAAGGCGCAGCUGCAGGACCUGCACGCGCGGUACCAGGAGAUGAAGCGGCGGUACACGGCGAGCAUUGGCAACGAGGCCAAGUGGCAGGGGCAGAUCGACGCCUUCGAGCAGUCGGCGCGGGCGGCGUUCGAGCAGGCGUGCAAGGAGCGGGACAACGUCGCGAAGCAGCUGGCGGACGCGCAGCUGAGCAUCGAGGAGCUGCAGAGGGAGAUUGUGCAGCGGGAGCGGGCGGCGACGGUGUGGGCGCAGGAGAGGCAGGCGGCGCAGGCAAAGCUGCAGGAGCUGCAGGGCCUGCAGUGCGCGAACCAGGAGCAGAAGGCGCGCAUGGACGAGCUGGUCCGGCGCGGCACGCAGGCGGAGAUGAAGGCCCAGGAGGCACAGGCCAAGGUCUCGGAGCUGACGCGGGCGCUCGGGGACUACACGGGCGAGAACAGGCGCCUCUCGAAGGAGUUGAUGGAGAAGAGCGCGCAGAACGAGGAGCUCAUGCGCUACUGCGAGCAGCUCAUGGAGCAGGUCCGUCAGUCGUCGUGA